AUGGGGUUAAAUUCGGCGAGCUCUUUUUCUGAAGAUUUCAACACCACAACAGUUCAUGAAGAGGCAGGUCUUUCUUAUACGCUUUUCGGUUUCAAGUUAGCUUUUAUAUGAGAAAGGUCCCCUUGUAAAAGCUGAUUCAAUGUUAAAAUAAAAUGUAAGUUUGAACAAAUAUAAUUGAUUUUUUGUUAUGAAAAAAGUUUUUAUUUUCAGUUGAGGUACAUUGUGGACAGAAUCGUCGAUAAUCUGCAGUUCACCUCUAUCGAAUGGCGUGCUCAGAAAAAGUUGGCAAUCAUCUUGGGAGAUUAUAUGGGAUCAAUGUGUGAAAAAUUGAACCUCUUAGUCGGUAAGACUUUUUAAAAACUUUGCUAUCGACGUUUAAGAUGGAACGGACUUACGCGGAAGCCUUUUUGCGAACGUUAAAGGGCUGAUAGAAAAGCAACGAGUGGAUGUACCAGAACUGCAAGAGUACAUGCGACAAGUUCGCCCUUUUCCUGCAAAUUAUGAGGUUUUUUUCCAGUGGAUUUUUUUUUUAAAGUUUUUUCUACAGGUUGUUCUUCCAUGCUGUAGUUUUCGAAAUCCGAAGAAAGCUGGAAAUAAUCCUAUCGUUGUACAACAGCGUAAGGAAGAAGUUGUCCCGCAGCUCAUCCCAGACCGUAAUAAUCUGUGAGUGUUCUUUUCUGGACUGGUAGGAAUUUUUUGAGACCAUUCGAAUUUUUUGAUGAAUCUAUGCAGAAGUUUCAGCAUUCCGAAUUUCGAAGGCUUGGAUGAAAUAAAACUUGGUUUUCGGAAGGUCGUACCGCUUGAAGAGUUGGAGCUUCAAAACAAAAAAGUUGGUUUUCAACAAUUUUUAUUCAGCAUUCUGGUUGAGAUGGAUGUGCAAAAAACCGCAAGUUCAAAUUUAUCGUAUCCGGCGCUCAAAGAGGUUGUAUAGUGUGUUAUCUGCAAAGUUUCGUUUUUCAAGGAUAGGGAGACAGUCAAAAGAGAGCCUUUCUUCGCGAAACCCAGUUUGCCGACGUUUCAAAAAGAAACUUCUGUGGCCACUCCAAAGAAGUUUGUGAGUUCUUCACAAUUUCUUCAAACUCGUACUUUUCUUUCUUUUUCCUAAAAAAAAAGUAGAUCAUUUGAGUUAUUACGUAAUAAUUUUUUAUCGAAGCAGGGUAAUCCCGAUGAACUGAGCAGGUGUUCACAACGUUUUUUUAGAGCGAAAACCGUAAAAGAGAGGCUGCGACAGAUUUUGGCGAUGUGAUGGCUCCUCAGAAAAAGAUGUUCCGCCCUCAUUGCACCCAGUCACAAGAGCCGCGGAUGGAAGAAUUCAUCGGAGCUAGGAGAAAGGCCGAAAUCAAAACUGUUCACAAAGUAGCUCACUUGGCAUCAACUCCUCACAGAAAGGCUUCUUCCUCAAGCAAAUCUGUAGAGAGUAUGUCGUCUGCUAACUGCAAAAGUCUUCCGCUGAAGAAGGUUUGUUGAGUGAGAUACUUCAAUUCGUUUAUUAAAAGGCUCGAGAAGAUAAGAAAUGGUUCGGAAGGGAUAAGUUAGUUUUUUUUCAGCACAUUUUAAAGACUCUGUUUUUGUCUUUUUUCAAUUUUACAAAUGUUUCUUCAAUUGAGUUUUUAAUCACACAAUUAAUCAAAAUUUUAAUCCUUCAACCGAGAUUUUGCCUUCACUUCUCCUUGAGGUCCACAUUUUCUAUAAAGAUUUUUUUUUCUUAAAAUUUCGAGUUAAACAAAAGUUACAAAACCCGAAUGGCGCGAGAACAAGUCUGCGCCUAAACGAGUCAAAUUAUGGUGUUUUGUAGAAUCCUUGGUUCUAUAAAUCAGCUUCUCAGUACCAAAAGUAACACUGCUUUCUGAAGUUGAAACUUAAUUUUAUUUUUUUGUCAAAAAAAUAUCUUUCUGAGGUCAAAAAAAGACCAUAUAGGGUUUUUUUAAAUUUAGUUUUGAAAUUUUUUUAUAAUUUUAUUGAUUGAAUAUGACUUGAAAUGAAGUGUGAUUUUUUUUUACAGAAAUUCGAAUUUCGUUUCGAACCAGCAGCAAGAGCAAGUGAAGGCGCUCAAAAUCUCGAAACAACAGCCAAAACGCCACUGGGAAAGAUUCUUCUAAAAGUAAACAGAAACGAGAAUGGUUCGGUUUUAAUAAUAUUCAAUCGAUUCUUCAACCUUAAAUUUUUUUUUGGUCUUCACGAAGUUCAUUUUCAGGAGAAGUUGAAACAGUCGAAAAACUCCAGUCUACAACUUUCUAUCAAUCUUCUGUGACGGGAGAAGUUCAACGCUCCGUCGUCCGGUACUCCUAUCCACUCUCAGUGGGUUUAACUUACAUUAACUCAUAUUUUUAUAAUCUUACCGAAGUCAGUUCAAAACGAUGUUUUUUCUCUUCUUAACUUUUCUUUUUUCAGCUGCCUAGGAAGUCUGUGAGAGCUCUAUCAAAUCGAAAGUCUAUUCAGAAGGUAUUUUUCAUCGAUUUCAGCUGAAAUUCAAAUUUAUAUUUCAGCCUGGACUCAAGUUGAAAAUCAAGACUGGUUCAGGUAUCAUCAAACGCACGUUGUACUGAUUUUCGUGCUAAUAUUAUAUUUAAUAUCGCCUGUUCAUUCUCACGUCUAAUAUAUAUGUCUGUAAAAUUACGAAGUGAAGUUUUUAUAGAACUUUUACGUUUGUGUUGUUGGUUUAUAUUCCAAUCAGCCGUCAUCAACUGCUCGGCAUUUGUAUUUAUCAUCUAAGUUCACCAUAGAAACUGAAAAUUUUCUUGGAAUUAUUUUUUACCUUUUUCGUAAAAGGACAACUCAUUAUUCUGCAAAGCGUGUGUCUCUCUUUUUUCAGUUUUUUCUGGGAAAGUAGUAGCUCAUCUGUCAAAUUCUUUCGAACCCGGCACUUGGCAAAUCACAGAGUUUUGAGGAGCGUAGUUAGAAGCCGAAGAAUCAAAGGUGCCCAGUGCAAAACCCAAAAAAAAAAAGACUAAAAUCUUGCCGUCGUUAAGAGGAGCAUUUAUUGCUUGGUCUUACUAGACUUAGGCUUUCAUAAGGUUCUUUGAUUUUUUUUUAAAGUUUAUUGCCUGAAACCUUAAACUGCUUGUUCAUGGAGUCAGUCGUUGUUUUCUCCUGAUAAGCUAUUCAUUCUUCUAUAGAAAACCUUCGAAGAAUACUUUUCUCCUUUCCUACCUUCCGCGUUGACAAGACCCAAACAAAGGAGGAGGUAGUCUUGAAAAUAACUUUUCUAUUUUCUAGUGACGCGGCAGCAGAGAUUUGAGAUUGAAGCGCUAGUUUAGAUUUGAAAAACACUUAUUUUUCUUCGAGUUCAUGCUCAACGCUUCUAAUAACAGUUCUAAAUUUAGAGAAGAACCCGGCGUCUUUAUGGUUUUUAUGGGUUAAGUAGAGCGUAAGUUGGAAAUAAACACGCAUCGCUAUGACUAUUAGAUGGGGCAAUGGUUUCAUGUCGUCAGUAACGGCUCAAGAGGAAAGGCUUGAUAAAUGCCUUGUGGUGGAAUAAGAGGAAGCAGCGGAAGUGUCGGAAAAUGAGGAAUGUUUCGACACGCCCCUUCGCCUCGUUUUUCUUUGGCAAUCUUCGUUUUGAGGCGAAGACGUCUUGGCAAGUUCGAUAGGGCGGCACAUGGUGCCAAAACUUUGUUCCAAAAUCUUGUUCCGUUCGCAUUUUUUCUCCUCCUGUGUGUCGCUUUUUUUUCUUCAAAUUUCCAGAUUAACUUUCGGUUGAUUGUUUGGCAGUUCGAAGAUUCUGGUUUUUAAUACUAUUACAGUACGAAAUUAAGAUAUAUCCAAUAGUACUAACAAAGAAGAUGAUUGUACUAAAAACAGUUUUUUUCUUUAACAUAUUUGAGGACACUUCUAUGUACUCAAUUUAAUAUCCUUUUAAACUCGAACUGCGAAGGAUCCAAUUUUUCUGAAGUUAAAGCUUUUCUUUCAAAUAGAAUAGUGACUCGAAAGCGUCCGUUUAAACGUUUUUCUCGAAAAAAAAAAAAUUGGUCCCUAAUGUUUUGUUUUUUUGUGUCCAUGUUGUUUUCAUUUAUCAGGUGUAGCUCCAAGUUUUUGAUCAGGCUAUUUUUUUUUUCCAAAUGUUUGACUUUGAAACUUUCGAGACCUUUCUAUGAAACCUUUUUCGACAGAGAAAACUUUCAUGCUCUGCUCAGUUUUCUGUGGAGACUUAGGAAGAUACAUUCGCUUUUUAUGCUUCUAACGAGCUUAAGCGCGAGCUUCUUUUUUGAUAAUGAGGCGCUGUUUCCGUCUGGACAACGAGGCUACUUUGGUGCCACGUCUCAGUCGCCUUUUUAAAAAUCGUCAUUGUUUUUGCUCGCUUCAUGUAAAAUCGUUGACUGACUCUUUGCCUUUUUUGCGUGUCCCCAAAGACUUUCGGAACAUCGAACGCCGCCUCGAAUUAUAGCACACGUCAUUGCGCGCCUCCACUUUCUCGUGCCGCUUGUAUCUUGUCUUGUAGAGUACAUUUUUCUUAUUUUCCUGACGCUGAAAUUUCCAUUAUAUAUAAAUAUCGGCGUUAGAGCAGUCGCAGUUCUUUACCCUUGGCGUGACACGUUUUUCAUGCAAAGAUUUCCUCCUGGUUGUGUAAGAAGAUGACUUACAAACUCGCUCACGGGCUCAGAUUUUCUUUCCCACUCAAAAUGAAGGGAAAAGGAAUAAAAUUCAAGUUCGAUAGAAUUUUAAAAUCAUUUCCUCGAGCGCGACGAGUCGUCACUGGCGACCUCAUAUUUUAAAAUCAUGCAAACGAGCAUUUGCAGAAUUGUCCUAUGGAAAUUCUCUUUCAUUUUUUUGAUAUAUUAAUCAGCUUUGUUUUAUACUCCAGCUCUGCCCUCGAAGAUUUUUUCGAACUUCGUUUUUCUGUGACUCGUAUUCAACUUCUACAGGCAGAGCAGUUUGAAGUAGACUCGAUCUAAUGUAUUUUAUUUUUCUUCGGUAAUUGACGUGCUUUCCCGUUUGUCUUUUCUUUCGUCGUCUAAAAGCAUUACUAUUUUUUUUUUCAAAACUGCAAACAUUUCACCAUAGUAGAAAAAAAACUUUAUAGGGCUGGAUACUCGAAAUUCAGCUGACUCCGCUCAUCUUUCUCUUUUCUUUUCUGCCUUCUUGCUACUUGAUAUUCCGAGGACGCUGGCCUCGUUGAUUGUCCGGUUUGUCGUUUUGUCCUCGAAUUCGUUUCUCUCCUUUUUGCCAUUUAACAAAUUCUCUUCUGCAGUUGGACAAUAUUUCACGUGGCUUUCAUUGCCAGUUUGGGUGCUCCGUUCUUCGAAAGGGGAACGCCCACGGCUACCUCGUUUUCACAGAUUCACAACAGAACUUUCUUAAGUUCUCAUGCUUCUUUAGCUGUGGGAGGUUCCCAGAAAUACCUGAUUUGUUGACCAAAUGUCGAAGCUCAACGGCUUUAUGCAAAUAAGACCAAUUUUUUGUAACUUGGUUGGCGCUAUACUCAAUUUGAAUGCAAAAUGCACUCCGUCUAUGUCGUCAAAUAACUUUGUCUUUUUUCUCGAGUUUAUAUUUUGUUUUAGAGCUUGCCCUGCCUUUGACCUGAAAUGUAGUUCUAAAGAAAGAAAAAUCGGCAGCGAAGGGGCUGAAAUGCGCCACAACCUAUCCGUCCUAUGGAUCGUUUCGGUUGCCUUGGAAAAGUUUGCUUUUUCUCAUGUUGUUCGAAUUUCGAAAUAACUUUCAGGAUGACUUGGGGUUUCACGCAGAAGUCGAUCUCGAGAAUGGGUGAGAAUCUGCGUUUUUCGUCUUUUCGUUUCGUAUUGAAUAAUACAUUUGCAUGCUUUGAAGCUUCCUUGUAGGUCCUUGUUCGUUUCCGCUUCCCUUCACGAGACACUUCGAACUCUUCUGCCAGACAGACUACCACAAGGUGAGGGCUUUCGAUAGAUUUCGAAUUCUCUGUAAAUAACAUUUCAUUGGCCUGAGUAUCAGCAAUUUUCCGGUUUGCUUUACUCGAAACGAAAGCUGAUAAACAACUAACGAGACUACAAAUUUUUUUUUUCAUUUGUAGUUUGGUUGUUUUCCUCGAUUUUUUUUGCCACAAUAGGUUGGAAUGAAUCCCUUAUAAAAGUGUUUUUUUAGAAAAAAUAUUUUUAUCAUAUUGCUGGGAAUAUUAUUUCAAAGUAGUCAACCCAUGUUUGAAUUAAAAAAACUUUUUUUCAACAGAAUAAAAAAAUAGCGAGGAAAAGGAUGUUCAAUGAAGAUUUUGAAAGUCGUCAGAAAUUUACUCUUCGAAAAAUAUAAUAGGGCUUUUCAAAAAGCACAUUCGACCUACGGAGGCGUCAAACUUUUGCGCCAUUUCUCACAGACAGAAAAAAGUAUUAAUGAUUAUUUUCAAAUGGAAGUUUAGUGUUUUAACGAGAAAUAAUCUCGCAGACGCAUGUUUUUCGUUUCGAAAAUCCCUAGCAAAGUUUCUGAAAAAGUGUAGAAUAAUACCAAAACUUCCUUCCCUUUGCCGUUAACUUCUUGUUCAAACCAAAUGUUGCACAAUAUAACUAUUUCUUACUAAAAUUAAGUUACGAUACUAAUUCAUAUCUUGAAAAAAAUCUUUUCAAAAGAAAAUUUUUUGAGAGAAAGUUGUUAGAAAAGACUGGCAAUCAAUUUCUCAUAGCCUCCUACAAAGCUGAAGUUGUAGACGCCGUACGUAUGUGACCCAGGGGGAAUUCUCUCUCGAACUGAAGUCGAACUCGUUCACAAAACGGUCUCCUCGCUGAACAUGACGUCGUGCUUCUGCGACGGAUGCUCUCCGGCGGCCAUGCGCAUCUCCAUUCUGCUCGUGCCUGCCGCCAGCAUGAACUCGUCCGUUCUGGGCUUCUAAUCGCUUUGAGCAAAAAAAGAACGAUUCAGAAUCAAUGAAUGCGAUCCAACUUACGUCGGACGUUCCAUCUCUACUUCUGCAAUCCUUUAUGCACAAUUUGUCGCUUCCAGGUGGAAAGGUUUGAUGUUGUUGAGUGGCGUCAGCGAAGGAUGCAUUUAAAAAGAAUUCGAUGACGCAUUUUUUCUGGAAGAGUUCGCAAAAACUAUUUCUUACUUCAGCGGCUAUGACUUAAAACUAACAAGCUUCGCUUCCCUAUAAAUAAAUACAGCAUGUAAAAAUUAAAAGCCUCGGAAAGUUCAUGUCGUGAUGAACGGGGUAUAGAAGGGAAUGAAACAAUUUGAGAUUUUCUAUUUUCGCUUAUUUCUAUCUAUUUAUGCCAAAAAUUCAUCAAUCCAUUAAAUCAUAUGGAAAGAGACGGAUUUUGAAAAUUAUCUAUAAAAUUAUAAUGUAGAAAAAGUAGAUGGCCGACUUUAUCUUUUUGAAACAAACGUUAAUAAGUCAAAAAUCUGAAAAGCAUUAACAAAGCAUCCCAAAUAUUGAUACAAUUUGCAGCCUCCUGCGAGCCGGACAUUCUUUUGGUGUACAUCCAGAGUUGGAGGAACGGAGAUCAACGUUAUCGAGGUCCGAUGCUCGUUCCGAUCUUCGGCAGACGUCUGAUCCAUCUGCGGAGAUUCUCGACGCCCGUUACGCUCUCCUCUCGAGAUGUCGUCAUCGUCUCUCUUCAGAAUGCCCUCCACCACGCCGGCCGCCUCAUCAGUGCCGACUCAACGCCCGUUGGUCAUCUCCGCUGUGAUGGUUUUUGAAGAAGAAGUUUCAGUCUCGAGCUGCGAUCCCGUCGUGGGCGUUGACGCUUUCGCUGGCGCUGAUCGUCGUCGUCGUUUGUGCCGUCCACUUCGCCAACUGCAUCACUACGCGGAUCGGCCAGCGGACAGACGUUCGUUAUCAUUUUUGAUUUUUUUGCUCGCCGAAGAGAAGAAAAGAAGUCUUUACAAUGUGGAAAGAUAAAUCGAAAAAAGUUUAAAUUUCAUUAUUCGAUUAUUUUUUUAUACAAAAUAUCGUUUUUUAAUCUUUUCGAGCUUUCGGCUUCGAUCAAAUGGUUUCUAUCAUCGCAAUAAAUAAUGAACAAAAAAUUAAAAGUGAAGAAAACUUGCUGGUUCUGAGUUUCACGUCUCAAGUUUUUUGUCGUCCAUGUCUUUUCAAAUCCUGCUGGAAAAAAGCUAAGAAAAGGUUAACGAAGAUCUCUACCAUUGUUUUUUUUCGUUACAUUCUGUUCUUCUCGCUGAAAUAGGAACGCUUUCAGUAAAUCAUUAUGUUUUCAUCAUAGAUACAAUUUUGCGCAUGCCAUAUUAUUAAAAAAAUUUUUGAGCUUAAAAAAAUAGUCAAUGAGAUCACUUCUGAAAAAUAGGCUCACUUUGAUCAUAAAGAUGUAGGUGACGUUUUUUUUUCUAAAAUAGCGUUGAAUAAUGUACAAGCGUUUUUUCAACGGUUGCAUGUGGAGCCUGAAGCUUCUUCCAAACUUCUGCAAAAAUUAUUUGAAAAAAAAAACUUAUCGCUGGAGCGAAUCGACUUUGAUUCUGAAAAAGAGUAUUUCAGAAACAGAAAACAGCCAUUUUGAAGAAGGACAAAUUUCGCGCGGGUUUCGGCGGAGGCAUGAUGAUGAACUCUCAGCAACAGCAAAAGAAAUCGGUCAUGUUGUUCCGCACCUUCUCCAAGCCUCAGAAACAGUCAAUGGCAAAUCGACUUUGAUUCUAAUUUUUUCUUUUUUCUUGAUUUUUAUAAAAAUUCAAUCCUUUCGAUCCGGCAGAAACUGGGUAUAACUUGAAAAUGUGUUGUUGUUGAAUUAUGAAGUGUUGCUUUAGUCCAAUUGGUUCAUUUUCUUUUGUGCUUUCACUUGUUUUUUAUUCUCACCAAUUCCGAGUAUCUUGCGUUUUUCUAUGGGUGGCUUCUUGCGCUUGUUUUUCUCAUAUAAAACUUAAUUUUUUUGUUUGAAAUUUUUUUAGCAAAGGAAAGUUUAAGAAGCUCAAUAUUUGGUUAAAGAAAAUUUGAUGAAAUCAAAAAAAUUUCUAAGUUUUUUUAGAAAUAAAACAACAGGAAAUGCCUAGAUUCAAGCGAAAUCGGUUUGAACUGGUUCAACACUACAGAGAAGGUAAGUUUUUUUAUUUAAUUUUUCAAAGAGGUAUGUUAACUCAAGCCUGAAUAAUUUUAAAUUAUUUAUAUAUAUAUAUAGAUAGUACGUUCCGCGGGAGACGGUAUAUGUAGCUAAUGUGUAGUUUCUGUGAAAUACCCAAAAAAUCUUGCAAAUAAAAACCUGCAGGCUGUUUUGAAUGAACUAUCUUAAAUUCAAUAAUGAAGAUGAUUUGCUAGUAGUCUCUCUGAUUGAUUGGACUCAAUGGAAAUUUUGAGAGGUUCUGAAUUAUUAACGUUAUACUAUCUAUUCGGAGCGUUCGACCGAGUGCGCAGUGUCCAUUAGACAGGGACACCUGUGGCUGGAAGACGGCCGGCAGAUGUUUGUCCGGCGGCAGUGACCUCACUGACCUCGACGCAGUCAACAGAGCCGGUCUUGAGCAUGGCAACGCGCCAGGCGGCUGUUUACCGCGGCAGCUUGUUGUCGACUUGUCCCUCUCCGGUUGUUUACCACUGCCCUCCAGUGCAUAUCAUUACUGGAACCUCCCCCGAGACCGCUGCCCUUUCAGCUUUUCCUUCUUUACGCCCUAUUUGGUUCCUAGGCUUUCAGCCUUGAUUGCUCUUUCUGCUUUUAGGAUCUCUUUGUUCAUGACCACCCAAGAAGUUGUCGAACAUCGACAAUAUUGCACUGAACUUUAG